AUGGAAGAUCUGCAUUCAUUGUUAGACAUGCGUGGGGGGCCGUCGAUUUUCGUUUGGGAGGUGGGCUGCAAAUCCAGCCGCACUUUUAGUCUUCGUCUCACAGAUUUGUGGUUGGGAGAUUUCUCAUCGUUUCUACAGCCUUCGACUCAGACGUCUUCCAUCUUUCUUGCUUGCGAGUUUUUGCAUCCUUUGUCUUCAGAGCGUGGGUGUGAGCCAUGUUCUAUCUUUAGGGUUCUUGGGUAA